GUUGUUCUCUCUCUGGUCCAGCGGAUAUUCUUCCUACUCAGCAGUAGAUAUGGAUGGCCCUCAACCGUACACUACAGCACUCUCUGCGGCAGACACACCGUCAAGCGAGUUGCUUUUGGCAUCUGGAAGUGCCACGGCCAAGGGUAUGCCAAAUUAUUGAGCGGCGGCGCUUACCUGCCCGCGUGA